AUGCUGCGUGCCUUCGUAUAUGCAGAAAACAGCGCCAAACAGCUCACACCACGAAGCACGAGCACCCGGUUCAGCGCCCAGCUAUCCGCCGAGCAAGGGACCGCGGUUCUCAGCAGACGGCAGCCUCCCCUCAAGUGCCGGGGCACUUUAACCGGGGCCGGCACCUGGGAACGACGGGGCCGCUUCCCGGCGGGGAAGACGCGCCGCAGCCGAUUCACCGGACCCCGCCCAGCGCCGCCGCCGCGGCAGGUGCAGCCGGGGCCGCCCGCAGGCCCCGGGCGCGGUCCCGCCGCCCCGGGGACACACCUGAGGGGAGCCGCCGCGGGUAGGUCGCUGCCGCCAGAGCCAGCGGGGCUUGGAGGCGGCACUGGGAGAAAAAGCACAUUUAUAAACCUGCCAGCGCUCGCUCAUUCGCUGCGGGAGGCUCCUCCUCUCCGCCCCGCUCCGGCCGCGCCGCCGCCGGGGGCUGCCCGCGCCGCGCCCCCACCUCACCGCCGCCAAGCCCCCCUCCCCGCAGCCGGCGGCGCGCUCGACCCCCCGCCCCGGGCGGGAGGCCCCGUUCCGCAGGUGUGCCGGCACGGCCCGCCCGGCCCCGCCGCGGUGCCGACUCCAGCCUCGCCGCCGCGGCAGAUCCCGCACCCACCUCGGCGGGAGGAGGCACAGCAGGCACGGCCACCCGCUCGCCCCAGCGGCGAACGCUCUGCCUCCGCCACCAGCGCCGCCACCUCCUCCUCCUGCUCCUCCCCCCGCCGUUGCCACCUCCCCCCGCGGCCCCGGGCGGCGCGCAGCCCGUCCCACCGGGCGCCCCUACCUGCGGGGCCUGCCGGCGCUGCCCCGGCACCCGCCCGCCUCAGCGUCUUUCCCCGCGACAGGCUGGGCCGCGCGGCCCCCUGCCCCCCCGCGCCGGUGGGGGCAGGGCGGCGGGAGGAGGAGGAGCAGCAGUUGGUGCCCGCGUGUAACAAGUUUGGGUUGCCCCGCAGUAUGGCGGCCGCCGGGCAGGGGGCGGGCCCGGGGCGGCUGCUCCCCACCGGCGGGCUCGGCCGGGGCUGCUCCGCCUAUCGUCCACCAGCACUGCUCUCCCUGCCCCCUGUUCCACCGCGUCCCCCGCUGCCGGCAGCAUCCCCGCGGGGCCGGGCGGGUUCGUGA